UUUGGGUUUCGGCGCGCUUUUGACACUCGACCUUACUGCUGCUGGGUAACGAGAGAACCGGUGUUGCGGACCAAGGUUAUCUCCUAGUCGUGACUUAUUCUCUGCUGUCUAUUUUGUCCAUAUUAGCGGUUUACUGAAAAAGGAGUCGGUUGCCGAGGACCACUGGCCGCUAGCUUGAAGUGAAGCGAAAACGUGAAGAGUAAUGAAAGUGGAGGAGAGAAAGAAGCAUUCCCAGUAGAAUAUUGGCAGACUUGUCGGGGGAGAGGGAAGCAUGCUGGAGGCGGAUGCAGAGCCAGCAGGUGCACAGGUGGAGGCAGAGGCAGAGAUGGGGAGCGGAGACUUGAAGGCGGAAGUGCUCCGACUGACUCUUGAGCUCCAUGAAGCUACUGAGGAAAAGCUUCAGGCAGCCCGUUAUGGCCUGGUGGUUUUGGAAGAAAGUUCUGCUCUCAAGAUGAAACACAGACAGCUGGAGGAGGAGCAUGAAGCCCUCAAAGUCGAGUUACAGCAACUCAAAGAGGCAUUUGCAGACUCUGUGAGCAGCCAGAAGCGUGCAGCUGCUGAUGGAGAGUGCCGGGAGGAGAGCCUGCUGCAGGAGACUGCCACGAAGGAAGCUGCCAUGGCAACCCGCAUGGAGGAAGUCCAGGCAGAGCUAAAGCAAGCACGUCUUGCUCUGAGCAAUGCUCAUGCAGAAAUCGAUCGAUUGGGAGUGCUGUCGACCCAGCUGAAGAAGGAAUGCGAGUGUCUGGAGGCAGAGAAAGGCCAUCUGAGAGAUGAAAUGAAGGAGUAUAAAGUACGUGAAUUGCGCCAAUUGCAGGACAAUGGUGAGCUAGAAGAAGAGAACAUAUCUCUGCAAAAACAGGUGUCGGUGCUCAAGGAAAACCAGGUUGAGUUUGAAACUGUGAAACUGGAGUUGACCCAAAAGAAUGAGGAGCAGGAAGAGUUGAGAGCACAGCUGGAGGAGGCAGCGAGGCUGAGGGAGAUUGCAGAGAGGCAGCUGGAUGAGGCCCUGGAAGCCCUGAAGGAGGAGAGGGAGCAGAAAAACAGUCUGCGUCGAGAACUCUCUGCCCUGACCUUAAACCCCUUUGAUUCUAUGGGGAAUCUGGAGCUCCACUUGGAGCAGCUGGAUGACAGCCAGAAUGAGGGUCAGGGGGGAGAGGGAGUAGGUGAGGGAGAAGAUCAGGACAGUGGAUUUAAUAAUGAUCCUGGUUCUGCUCCCAAUUCUGCUCACCCUCUUCACUUGGGCAGCUCCAAAACCAAUGGCCUCAUCCCUCGCUAUUCUACUCCACGCAACAGUGAUAUGUUCCUGCGAGCUCCAGCUUCUGGGCUGGUGUCUGACCUACUGAGUGAGCUGCAUUUUUCAGACAGUCAGAAAGUAAAACAGCAACUCCUGCAGGCAGAACGAGAGAAGUCUAGUUUGGCUAGCAAAGUGGAGGAACUGCAAAUGCAGCUGGUAAUGUCCAGACAGGCCCUCAGUCAGCAAGAGGACAAGGUAGGAUCGCUCACCCAACAGCUGGAAGCUGUGCAAGGCAGCCAAAAGAAUGUCCGGGAAACUGAAGACAAGAGGGGUGAUGACGGCGACAACAUGGACACUCUGAUUGCUGUCACUGACUAUGAGCUGGACACCAAGAGCAAGGAGGUGCUGGAGGCACGUAUGCGUGCAGCCAGUGAAGAGCUUCUGAAGCUACGAGAUGAACUGUCUCAGGCAGGAGCUCGUUAUAACACUCUGGAGCAGCGCUACAAGCAGGAAAAGGACCACUGGAGAGCUGAGGCCCAGGAGCUGGCUGACAAGAUCCGUCAGUGCAUCAAGUCAAGCAAGCAGGACCAGGAGCGCAUCAGUGAGCUGGAGAAGGAGAUUGGAGCCACACGUAAAGUGGCAAUUGAUUCUGAAGGCCACUUGAGUGUUGCCCAGGAAGAGUUACUAGCCUUCUCUGAGGAGUUGUCCAACCUCUACCACCACAUCUGUGUGUGCAACAACUUGACCCCCAAACGGGUCACCCUGGACUAUUACCGUGAUGGUGCCAGGACGAGUAGUGGAGGAAGCAGCGGCCGAAGGUCAUACCACAUGUACCCCCAGCACAGCUCCCAGAAGAAGCUGCAGCAGCAGCGUACCAAUGACCUGUUCAUCUCUAAAGCUGCGGCUUUGCAGUUUAUGGGCGAGGUGGACAGUGCUGGAGCUAGCAGAGACACUCCUAAUUGUCCCGGGUCCCCCACUCUGGACUUCAGGGACCCCUCCAACGUCAGAAACUUGGUGGCAGUCAUCCGCUGCCAGAUCAAACACCUCAGGGUGGCAGUGGACCUCUGUCGUCAAAGGGGUGCGUUACCUUACUCAAUGCUCAACAGCAGUGGAGAGUCUGAGCGAGAUGCGGAAAGCCUCUUGGAGGAAGUACUAAAACUCAAAUCCCUUCUCAGCACAAAGAGAGAGCAGAUUGCUACUCUCAGGACUGUCCUCAAGGCAAAUAAACAGACUGCAGAGUUGGCCCUGUCCAGUUUGAAAACCAAGUAUGAGACGGAGAAGAGCUUGGUGUCAGAGACCAUGGUGAAAUUACGAAAUGAGCUGAAGGCCCUGAAGGAAGAUGCUGCCACGUUCUCUUCACUCCGGGUCAUGUUUGCUAGUCGGUGUGACCAAUAUGUUGCUCAGCUGGAUGAGAUGCAGAGGCAGCUGGCUGCUGCUGAAGAUGAGAAGAAGACGCUGAAUUCUCUGCUGCGGAUGGCCAUCCAGCAGAAACUGGCCCUGACUCAGCGCCUGGAGGACCUCGAGGCGCCGCUGUCUCCACACAGUUUAAACGGCAGCCCUCGCCGCUCACGAGCCAAGGAGUUAAGUACCAAGUCAGGCCGGGCCCCACGGAGCCCCCGCAACAGUCCUGCACGCCCCCCACUGAGGAGCAGUCCACGAGCUAGUCCAGUCCUCGGCAGCAGCGUUCCCACCACGGCUGCGCACCACCUGCGAGCUCUAACAAGGAGUCUCCACACAAGCCCUCGCUGAAACAUUCCUUCCAUUACUCCAGACCCCCUCGCCUCCAUAAGGACUCGCCUUCAUGUCGGCUCCCCGGCUCUCUCCUCUUUUCCUGAACCAAGGCAUUCUGUGUACCCCAGAUUUGAUGCUACAUUCCUCAUUCCACCCUCCAGAACAGUGGAUUAAAAAAGACAAAAAAACAACAACCCUCUCAUUCUGCCCUCUUGGUUUUCCCUGCUUAGAGUGGAGAAGCUUGCAUGCAGCCUGGAGGAGGAUGUGCUGCUCAUUGCUGUGUGAAGUCAUUAACUGUCUUGUCUGAAGUGGUUCUGACUUCUGUUUGGUCUGUUUGUUGUGAUGAGCCAUUGACAGUAUUUAUUCUACAUGCUGUCCUCAUAUUUUUAACUUCAACUCUGAUCUGUUUCAAGGUUGUACCUCUUUACACUCUUGCCCUUAGUCUGACAUCCUGUCAGAUGUCUUUUUAGCCUCCAUAAAUCUUUGUAUUAUCUGCAAUAACGUUCCCACAUAGUGGUUUGUACAAUACAGCCUUGCUGACAGAUCCUUUCUGUUUUCUUUUUUUCUGGUAAUGAAAUUUAGUGCAGUUUGUUUUUUGUUUUGAUGAUUCUGAGGCACACCCUUUAACUAAAUCAGUAAUCAACUGUUUCAUUGAUGGAAAUAUAUCAGCCAUAUGUAUAACACCUCAGGUGACACACCACAUUUUGGGAGAUUUUUGAUGAUGUCCAUCUUACUUUGCAAUCUAUGCAGUCCAUGUCAAGAUGGUGCCUGUGUACUGCUUGUUUGUUGUUUUUUGAGUGCAAAAAUGGCACAUCCAAGUCUUAGUAUUCAGCUGCAUAGCUUUGUUUUGGUUUGGAAGUGGUGCACGUCCAUGUUCGCCAUUUCCAAAAGUAAAUAAGAUGAAAUGAUACCUUGGAGCCAAAACAAGGAUAUGAGGUAGAAGGAUUGUUUUUGUUUGUUUUUUUUUCCUGCAAGAAAAGCUGCUCCUCACUUGCAGUUAGAACAUCAGUCUGCAUCUACUGUAAAACAGGUUUGGAGACGUCAUCUGCACGUCAUUUUUUUAAUAUAUCGCCACCUCACUUAUUGUUUUGUUUUGUUUUAGCUGAGCCUAAUACUACAGUGAUAUGAAAUUAUUCAUUUUUUGGCUUUAUUCUUCUCAUAGUCACUAUGCAUUCAGAAGACAUACUGGUUUGAACACUUAACAAUAAUCUUCAUGCCUAAUGGGACAUUUUUCCUUCUAUUAAUCAUUUAACUCCACCUUGCAUUUGUGUGUAACUGAAGUAAAUGUGUUCACAUUACUAUCAGUGUUUCAGUUCUGAAAGUGGCACUGCUUUAUUAGACAAAGAACAAUCUGAGUGCAAAGGAAAUGCAGUAAAUAAUGUCAACAUAGCUGUUGAUGGCUUACAUUCUGAAAUGACUGAAAAUCUGACCCAUACCAGCAUCAAGACAAAUCUCAAAGUUUUUACAUCACGUUUGGAAAGUGGCAACAUACAAAAUGCUAACAGUAUGUUUAAGUGACGUAAUUAACUACUGAUUUUAGGAACAGAGGUCACAUCCUGCUGAUUAUAUUAUUUAUUUAGUUUGUGUGCCUUGAUUUUUUUUUUUCCUCGCUUUGUUAAAUGAAUUUAUUUUCUAACUACAUAUUCCAAACAUAUUGCUGCUGUAACUUUUUUUAAAGCAUGUUUUACUUUUUUUUUAAUAUAUAUAUAAGUGGCUUAUGGGGCAGUCUAAGCACUGAUUUAAAAGUACAGUACUAUUCAUUUUGGUACAACCCCCCCAAAACAAUGCUUUGGACUCAUGAGGCUAAAGUUGCUUUCCCGGGAAUUGAAGGUCACAGAUGUUAUUUUAAAAAAAUAAGUUGCUGUUUGUAGAUUCUGAGUGCACAAAAUGAAGCCUGGUUUAAUACAACCUUUUAGUAAUGUUAAGUUUUCAAAGCUGUAACUUAUUGUAGGUGGCCUAUGUGCCACAACUCCCGAAAAGUGAAAGUUUUACCACAGUGUUGUCAUGCAUUAUGUAAAUGUAAAUUAUGUAAAUGGCUUUAACCUUAAUUUAAUUUUCUCCACAGAUGUGUGUAUAAUUUAAUUACUGCUGUAUCAUAUUUUAAAUGUAAUUUUGUGGCUCACAUUAAGUUGUUUUUGAAGGUGAUAUGCACACACUUGACUUUUUACUGUUUCAAGUUCCUUAGUUUGACCUGCGAUCCACUUUUGUCAUGAAGAAUAAAAAGCCAGGGCUGCA